GGAUCACCAAGCACACCUGAGUCACCAAGUACUCCAGGAUCACCAAGCACACCUGAGUCACCAAGUACUCCAGGAUCACCAAGCACACCUGAGUCACCAAGUACUCCAGGAUCACCAAGCACACCUGAGUCACCAAGUACUCCAGGAUCACCAAGCACACCUGAGUCACCAAGUACUCCAGGAUCACCAAGCACACCUGAGUCACCAAGUACUCCAGGAUCACCAAGCACACCUGAGUCACCAAGUACUCCAGGAUCACCAAGCACUCCUGAGUCACCAAGUACUCCAGGAUCACCAAGCACACCUGAGUCACCAAGUACUCCAGGAUCCCCAAGCACACCUGAGUCACCUAGUACUCCAGGAUCACCAAGCACUCCUGGAUCACCAAGCACACCCGAGUCACCCAGCACACCCGAGUCACCAAGCACUCCCGGAUCACCAAGCACACCUGAGUCACCAAGCACACCUGAAUCACCAAGCACACCUGAGUCACCAAGCACUCCAGGAUCACCAAGCACACCUGAGUCACCAAGUACUCCAGGAUCACCAAGCACACCUGAGUCACCAAGUACUCCUGGAUCACCAAGCACACCUGAGUCACCUAGUACUCCAGGAUCACCAAGCACUCCAUGUCAGGUCAUUAUGCUGCCAGUUUCACUGAGCAACAGAAUAUUGCCAACAUAUUCUGCAACCACAAGUGGUGAAACACCAGCCUUAUAUCUUUUGAACCCAAGAGAUGAAACUGUUCAAGGUGUCACUGUGGACAAUUUUGAGGCAUUUAUUUUAGUUCCAGAAAGCAAGGUACUGUGAAAUAAUUAGUUUGUGUAUCUUGUAUUUUGAAAUAGAUUUGUAUUCAUUUAAUAAAUAUUUUUUUACAUAAAUAAAACUUUGAUUUGUUACUAUGAAUCAAUAGAAUUAUGUUUUUUAUGUGUGUUUUCCUUUCAUAUCAAUUCAAUUUAUAUUUUCAGAAUAUCUUUAGUGGAGAUGAAGUAAAUGAAGUUGUUUUUUCAGUCACUAAAGGUAAGCUUUUUUAAUAUUUUGAUUUAGACAUACAAUUGUUAUUAACUUAAAAGUGAAUCAACUUAAAUAUAUUCUAUUUUUAUUUUAUGGCCAUCUUGAUUGUUUUUUUUUAUAGUAUUACUAUUGUAUCCAUUUGACAUUUAUGAGUCUAAAUAUAUUUUUAAAAUUUUGUGUCUGCUUUUAAGUAGAAUUUUUGCUGAAGUGUUAAUUGCCUUAUUAAACCUUAUUUUAUAUUAACAGCAAUUUAACCUAAUUAUUUACAAUUAUUGUUUCAAUUUUGUUUAUUUACUUAUUUGAAUAACUAACAAUCUUAUUUUGAUACACUCUAUAGAUGCAGGAGAUGUCGAUGCUAUUACUCAAAUCCUAACCAACCUACAUAGUAAGCAAAUAAAAAGAUAUUUUGUGUACUCUUAAACAAGUUACAUCUGGAUCUUAUGUAUAAAAUUAUUAUUUUUCAACACAAAUAAACAAUAAUAAUAUUAUCAUUAAUUUAAUUUGAAUAGAUCUCUUUAAUUCAUAAUUUUCAUACUAUCUAUAAUUGUAAUGAUAAAAAAAAGGUUUUUAAUCUUUUCAUUUUAAGUAUGUACUGGUAUUUUAUUAUUGCACACAUCAUUUAAUAACAGUGUUACUUCUAUAAAAUAGAAACAAGUACCAGUGUUCAGUUUAAAGGAACUUUAAAAUUACUUAUUUAAAUAUUUUAUACUUUUAUAGACAAUCACAGUGGUAAUCACUAUGUUGUACAUACUGAUAACAACCAAACAAUUACCAUUGUUUCUGUUAUUGCUCUUGAGAGAGGUGAACUUAUUAAUACUUCAAAAAUUGGAGCCAUUGCAUAUAAGCAAGAGGUAAUUGUUUAAAAAAUAAUAUGAGACUAUAAAUUUACACCUACUAUUAUUUAUGCUUUCAAAACUUAUUUUAAACAAAAUAAAUUAUCUUAUUUUACACAAUUUUUUGCUGAAUCAAUUGAAAUUAAAAGUAUAAUUAUGUUUCUCAUAUUAACUAUCUGGAUAGGUUAAAGAAUAGUUUUUUAUCUAUUUAUUGCCCUUUACUGCAACUACUUUUACAGCAACCAUUUUCUCAUUGUAAACUUUGUUAACAGCGUCUUUCAGAUACAACAAACUUUUCUGAUAUUAUUGGACCUGUCUUAAUUAUGACUAAUCCUCAAGCUGAUGUGAAAGUAAAAGUAUGCGAAGGUAAACAAAAUGAUAAUUAAGGUAAUCAAAAGUAAAGUAUGCAUUAAAAAAUUAGAUAGCAAAUCUCAUACAAAAUUUAACAAUUAUUCUUUACAAUAGUAAUUGUAUAAAUUGGGAAAAUUGUUUCAGGAACACCAAGCAUGCCAGGAUCACCAGGUACACCUGAAUCCCCAAAUACACCUGAGUUGCCUAGUAUUCCAGAAUCUCCUAGCACACCAGGUUCUCCAAGUACACCUGAGUCACCAAGCACUCCAGGAUCACCAAGCACACCUGAGUCACCUAGCAGUCCAGGAUCACCAAGCACACCUGA